UAGAAAAAAAAGUCUUGAUUUUUCGGCAUUGUCCUAUUGGAGAACUUUCCUUACUGUUUCUGGAAAGAAUUUUUUGCUCAUAAAGUCUGUGAAUUUUAGAUGAGUUUGAUGAAAAAUCUGUGUAGGGUUUUGUAUAUCUGAAGAGAUUGAUUGUUUGAAUGGUGUAAGUAAAGGUUGUUUUUUUAGGUAUGGCAAAUAGUGGUGAUGGAGUUAGACUUGCUGGGGCUGAAAUUCAUGGUUUUCAUACUUGGCAAGAUUUGGAUUAUGAAACGAUGUUGGAGGAAGCUUCAUCAAGGUGGUUGCGCCCAAACGAAAUUCAUGCAGUACUCUAUAACUCGUCCCUUUUCACAAUUCAUGUCAAGCCAAUGAACUUACCCAAAAGUGGUACAGUUGUAUUAUUUGAUCGGAAAAUGCUGAGGAAUUUCCGCAGAGAUGGUCAUAAUUGGAAGAAGAAAAAGGAUGGCAAGACUGUUAAAGAAGCUCAUGAACACUUAAAAGUUGGUACUGAAGAAAGGAUCCAUGUGUAUUAUGCACAUGGAUUGGAUAGCCCAACCUUUGUUCGAAGGUGUUACUGGUUACUCGAUAAGAAAUACGAAAACAUAGUUCUUGUACAUUAUCGCGAGACAUCUGAGACACUGAGCUCUCCUGCCACUCCUGUUACUUCUACUUCUGGUUCAACUUACUCAGACUCAGCUGUUUCUAAGGUUUUACUGGAGGAAACAGAUACCGGGGCUAAUAAUGCUGGUGCAGGCAGUUAUUUUGUUAACAAACCCAUCCAGCUUGAUGAUAAUGUGACAGAGAACUAUAAUGUAAAGACGCUUCAUGAGAUUAACACACUCGACUGGGAUGAUCUGUUGGUAACGAAUGAGCCUAUUGGUUCUACACAUGAAACAGACAACUUUUCAUGCCUUGAGGAAUGGAAUCAAAAUGAAUCCAAAUAUAAUAGCGGCCUUCUUCCAUCUGACAAUGUAAAUAAGCACGAUUCAUCCUUUCACGGUUCUACAAACACAACUUCUGUGCAUCCUUCAAUUGAUGGUACACUUCCAACCGGUGGACACUUUCAGACUGUGGUUACUCAAGCAAACUCAAAUGUCGGGAAAGAAGGCUUUGAGCCAAUGGUAGAGGGUGCAGAUGGUUUGCUGGCACAAGACAGUUUCGGAAGGUGGAUGAACUACGUGAUGACCGAAUCCCCAGGUUCAUUAGACAAUCCAUCGGGUGGAUCCUCGAUUUCAAAUGGUUAUGGAUCGAAUAUAAAUGGGGAAGUGGAUCAUCAUCACUCCUCUAUGCAUAAACAAGUUUUCACCAUUACUGAAAUUUCACCUACAUGGGCUUUUUCAUCUGAAGAAACAAAGGUCAUAGUGAUCGGAUAUUUUAAUGGAGGACCAUCACAUCUUGCCGAUUCGGAUUUACUUAUGAUAUUAGGUGACGAAUGUGUUCCAGCUGAAAUGAUUCAACACGGGGUAUAUCGGUGCAAGGCUUUACCACAUUCUCCUGGGUUGGUAAACCUACAUUUGAGCAUGGAUGGUCAAACUCCUAUUAGCCAAGUUAUGAGUUUUGAGUAUCGCUCUCCUUCAGUGGUAAAUGAGGUGGCUUCACCUAACGAUGAACCUAGCAGGGAUGAAUUCCAGAUUCAGAUUAGGCUUGCACAUCUGCUCUUCUCAUCAAGCAACAGCCUGAGCAUCCUAUCAAACAAGGCAUCUCCAACUGUGUUAAAGGAAGCAAAAAAGUUUGCACACUCAACCUCAUCCAUUAUCAAAGAUUGGGACUAUUUGAUUAAGUCAGCUAUGAACAAUGAUAUCUCAUUUCAACAGGCGCAAAAAAGUUUGUUUGAGAUCACUUUGAAGAACAAAUUACAUGAGUGGCUUUUGGAAAGAGUAAUUGAGGGGUCAAAGAUCAGUGCUCGUGAUCAUCAAGGUCUUGGGAUAAUUCAUUUGUGUGCAAUUUUAGGUUAUACUUGGGCUGUUCGACCGUUUUCACGUUCUGGCCUCUCCUUGGAUUUCCGCGACUCUCGUGGAUGGACGGCUUUGCAUUACGCUGCACACUUUGGAAGGGAAGAAAUGGUUGCAGUUCUUCUAUCAUCGGGUGCAAAUCCGAGCUUAGUUACUGAUCCAACUUCUGAGUUCCCUGGUGGAUGCACUUCUGCAGAUCUUGCAGCACAAAAUGGUUAUGAGGGCUUAGCUGCCUAUCUCGCAGAAAAAGGAUUAACAGAACAUUUUAAGCGCAUGUCGUUAUCUGGUAAUAUAAGUGGUUCCCUGCAGACAAGUUCAACUGACAUUGUAGAUCCCAGUGGCCUCAACGAGGAGGAAUUGUGUCAGAAGGAUACCUUGACAGCAUAUCGUACAGCUGCAGAUGCAGCCGCACGUAUACAGGCUGCAUUUAGAGAGAACACAUUAAAGCUAAAAACGGAGGCCGUUAACCAAGCCAAUCCAGAACUGGAAGCACGAAACAUAAUUUCUGCAAUGAGGAUUCAACGUGCUUUCCGCAAUUAUGAAUCACGAAGACAGAUGGCAGCUGCUGCCCGCAUCCAGUACACAUAUCGCACUUGGAAGAUCCGCAAGGAAUUUCUCUACUUGCGUAGGCAAACAAUCAAAAUUCAAGCUGCUUUCCGAGGCCUCCAAGCUAGGAAGAACUACCGCAAAAUAUGUUGGUCGGUUGGGGUGCUUGAAAAGGCAAUUAUGCGGUGGCGUAAGAAGAGGAAAGGGUUACGCGGGCUUCAGGUUGAACCAACUAUGGUUGAUGCAGUAGAUCCUAAUGAUGAAAAUGUGGUAGAAGACUUCUUCAUAAUCAGCCGUAAACAAGCUGAAGACCGCGUUGAAAGAUCAGUAGUUCGGGUACAAGCCCUGUUCCGAUCUUACCGAGCACAACAACAGUAUCGUAGGAUGAAGCUGGCCUGUGAUCAAGCUGAGUUGGAUGAGCUAUUCGAACCUGACCUUUGAAACCCAUGAAAGUGCCUGUUAAUUUAGAUUCAGGUACUUUGAACCGAUAAACCAACACCCAUUUGGGUUCCUUGUAGUCGACCCUAGUCUAUGUUUCAUCUUGUGAAAGUUUUAGAGGUCAAGUCUAUUGUAAAAAAAAAAUGGUAGUUUUCAGUACAGUUGCUAAGUACAUAAUUGUUAGAACUGGUUCCAUUUGAAGAUGUGGAUAAUUAUGCAUAAAAUUAUCAAUUAUGUGUUCUCUUUAAA